AUGAAUAACUGUGGAAACCCAUUCAAGGCUUUGUUUCCAAAGAAGAACAACGCACAUCUUCUCUCUCUACUGAACGACUUUGAGACAAGUUUAACGGUAUCAAUUGCACAACUUGUACCAAAGGAUAAUGAUGAGAACGGUUUUCUCACUUUUUCUUGGAUGGUUCAUGCAAUUCACUCUCUUUGUGAGACGCACCAGAGUAUCACGACACUCGUUACCGAUCUAGACGUUCAUGUAUCCGACAUGGAAGAAAGUAUGAUUUAUAUGCACGGUGACAUCAGUGUUAAGCUGCGUCAACUCUGCACCGCCUUCAACUCAGAGCUGUGCCGGCUUAACCACAGAAACCUUUUACUCAAGAUUGCUUGUCGUAAGCCUGAGGCUUUUUCUUUAUCGCAGCUCGACGGUUGGAGGCAGCAUAUGGCUUCCAAGAACCCGAGAAUCGAAAUCUGCGGUGAGGUUUUGAGUAGUCUUGUUGAAUCCAUGAAUCAUCAUCAUAGCCUCUACAAGAAGGUGAAGAAGACGAAAGAAAAUGAAAAAGAAAAGGUUCUCCUGCGAGCUCUAUAUGGUGCACAGGUCGAGACUUUAUACAUAUUCAGCGUGUUUUAUGCAGCGUUUACUGGUUCUUCCAAGAAUCUCUUGUAUUUAAUCAUUCCAAAGGAUAUGGAGGAGGUUCCUUGGGGCCAAAAUAGAUUCAUGGUUAUAAAAGAUCUUGAGGCUGUUGAAUCUGGUGCGGAAAAUUUUUGCACAGCAGUCCAAGAAGGGUUAGUUCCUAAUUUGUUGAUGGUGGAGCCAUUGAAGAAAUCGGUGAUGGAACUUUCAGAAAGGGUUGAUCGUGUCUCCAAGGAAAUGAGUUGCUUGUCUGAUGUGGUGAGCUCUGCUCGAGAUACAUUGUUCAAGAGGCUCAUGACCAAAUUCGAAGAUAAUAAAAAAAACACAAUUUCAUAG